AUGUUUUUGGCAGGUAAAUCUUUUAUUUUGUCGCAAUGCGUUGGUAGUAGAGCUAUUUUUACCACAGCAAUAUAUCAGCGAAUGAGUUUUAGUCAACAGCCCAUCUUCACAGCACUUGAAGAGUUAAAAGACAUUGCUAUAACACCUGAUCAACCCGACGAGUACAAGGAAGCUGUAAAGAUAUAUAAUCCCUCGUACUCCAACGAACAUCCAGCGUUUGUUGCCGUUCCCAAUAACGUAAGCGAUAUUCAGCGGUGUAUGCGUGUAGCUCUUGCUUGUGAAGUGCCAGCAGUAGCCAUCAAAUCGGGAGGGCAUAGUUUUGCAGGUUACUCUACCACUGAUCAAAAUGGCUUUGUUGUUUCCAUGAAGAACUUGGCUUCAGUGAAACUUAAGGAUGGUGCGGUCACCGUUGGUGCUGGGGCAAACUGGGGAGAUGUCUACAAAGCUUUGGAGAACACAAAUUAUGUUGCAGUGGGUGGUUGUGUACCUGCUGUUGGAAUAGGGGGUUAUAUUCUGGGCGGUGGCUAUAGCAUGUUGUCCCGUGCUUAUGGUGGACUAGCGUGUGAUAUGGCAGAGGAGUUCACUAUGGUAACAGCUGAUGGUGACCAAGUGGUGAAGGUGUCAAAGGACAAAAAUAAAGAUUUGUUUUGGGCUUUGAAAGGUGGGGGUGGUGGGAACUUUGGUGUUUUAGUUGAUGUUACAUUGAAACUUUCUCCACGGCCUAAGCAAUUCAUUUGGACGAACAUUAGAUAUGAUGGUGCAGAAAGUACUGAACUUGUGUUAAAUGAGCUCGGGUCUCAACUUUUGCAACUGCCAAAGGAAAUGAAUCUGGAUUUUGCCAUCCAUGGCUACUUUGGUAAAAAGACCUUGACACUCGAUGCUGUCUACUCGGAUCAUCAUGCCGGCAAAGUUGAAGAGGUUAUAAAGAAUCUUCAUCCUGGCCAGCGCUCUACUAAAACAUAUGAAUCAUAUCUGAAGUUUGUUAGAGAAUACAGUCAACGACAUGGAUUUGUUCACUACGAGGUUGAACCAAUCUAUGUGAAAGGUGCAAUGAUCCAGUCCAUUCCACCAGAAAUGGCAAAGUAUUUUUCAGAUUUAGAAAUCCCAGCAGAAUGUCUCUUGGAAUUUGUUCACAUGGGUGGGGAUAUCCAACAAUAUCCUUCUACGUCCACAGCUUUUCCUUACCGUACAGCUCAAUAUAGUUUCUACACGUACGGAAGAUUUCAUAACAGUGCCUCCCGAAGUGAAGUGUAUGAGUUUGCUACCUCAACUUACCAUGAUAUUAAAAAAUUUGGUUGUACAUUGGGUAGCUAUGUCAACUACAUGGACAGGCAUUUGAUCAACUGGCCUCAAGAGCUAUAUGGAGUCAAUUACCCAAGGCUAUGUGAAAUAAAGAAAAAGUGGAACCCACUCGGGAAAGGUCCACUGCAUUUUGAACAAGAAAUUGGUUCAACAUGGGAACCUGAAUGA